AGGAGGGCCGGAAGCUUCAGGUUAGAAUUGUUGAAAGAAUCCUGAUUCAUUCUCAAUGGCUACUGCUCAACUCUCUCAUGUCAUCAGAACACACAAGGCAUCUAAGGAAACAGUUUUCCCAUCCCAAGUCACUAAUGAGCAUGAGUCAUUGGUAAUGGUGAAGAAACUUUUUGCUACUUCUAUCUCAUGUAUAACAUAUUUGAGGGGCUUGUUUCCAGAGAGCUCUUAUAAAGAUCGCCAUUUAGAUGACCUGAGUUUAAAAAUUCUCCGAGAAGACAAAAAAUGUCCUGGGUCACUGCAUAUUAUCAAAUGGAUUCAAGGUUGUUUUGAUGCUUUGGAAAGGAGAUACCUACACAUGGCAGUACUUACGCUUUACACAAAUCCCAAGGAACCUGAGAAAGUGACAGAGAUAUAUCAGUUCAAAUUCAAAUAUACAAAAGAAGGAACCAGUAUGGAUUUUGACAGCAGUAAUACAAGCUUUGAAAGUGGGACAAAGAGUGAAGAUACUAAGAAAGCCUGUACCCUACUGAUCCGUCAGUUGUAUUUACUUAUGCAGAACCUUGGUCCCCUUCCUAAUGAUGUUAUACUUACUAUGAAACUCCAUUAUUAUAACUCAGUGACCCCAAAUGAUUAUCAGCCCCCUGGUUUUAAAGAAGAGGUGAACUCACACUUUCUACUGUUUGAGGGAGAGCCUGUCAGCCUUCAAAUGGGAUCAGUCUCCUCUGGCUUUCACAGAAUGAAAUUAAAAGUCACAACUGAGGUCACCAGAGUGCCCGAUUCAGAGAGCAGUCUCUCUCAGGAGAACAGCACUACUGAGAUCGCCCAUCAGGGUCUAGACUAUGAUGAGGAAGAAGAGGAAUGCAACUAUCAAGUCUUAGGACAUUAUCAGUUCCCUGGAAGCUGCUGUGUACUCCCUCACCGGACUUCCACCUUCUUCUAAAGCUAGAUUCAAAGAAUUAAUUUUGUACACAUUGAACCAAGUUUGAGAGCUCCAAGAAGAAGAGGG